GGUGAAACGUCCAUACGCGACAUGCUCAAAUUCGCACUUUUAACUCGCUGCUCGUGGCUACGGACGAGUGAGCGACUGUCAGUUCUAAAGCCUCCAGCAAGGUGGACGCGAACACAGAGACGGCUUUAUUCCGAGGUUCGCCAUAACGCACCUACGGGUGCUCAGGAUAGGGCCACGGUCGGGGUCUUCACUCCAAAAGCUGCCGCGCUAUUCGUGGCAACGGGCAUCGGACUGUACUUCUACUUCCAUCACGAGAAGCAAAAACUCCUGGAGCAGAAACAAAAACAACUAGAGUCCCGUACCGUUGGUCGAGCACAAGUCGGAGGUCCGUUUACGCUGACGUCGCACGAGAACAAGCCCUUUUCAGACAAGGACCUGCUCGGAAAAUGGAAUUUCAUGUACUUUGGCUUUACCAACUGUCCUGAUAUCUGUCCUGCUGAAUUGGACAAGAUCGGGGCAGUGGUCACUCCGCUAGAAAAAGAGUAUGGGAAUAUUUUCCAACCCGUUUUCAUUUCGGUCGACCCCGCAAGAGACACCAUCCCACAAAUGCAGCGCUACCUUGCCGACUUCCAUCCUCGCAUCAUCGGCCUUAUGGGUGACUAUGCGACCACCAAGAACGUAUGCAAAGCAUAUCGUGUCUACUUCUCGACACCACCCAACGCGGAUCCGAAUGGCGACUAUCUGGUCGACCACUCUAUAUAUGUUUACCUCAUGGACCCGAAAGGCCAGUUCGUAGAAGCAUUUGGCCAGAGCACGACAAGCGAAGAGGUCGUCGAAAGAGUGAAGAAAGAGAUUGCUGAAUAUGAACAAGAGACCGGCAGGAAGGUAUAGAAAUUCGACGCCGCUAGCGAGGGGUCGUGGAGUAUUUCGCAAGUUUUUAGAUUACUUU